CCAAAGAGCAUCCUAGAACGCCACAGAAGCCUUCACAGACAAAGAGAUGCUUCUCUCUGUAUUCCUUAUCUUGGGCCUCAGCCUGGUGCCCAUUCAAUCCAAACCUACAGGCGAAAGACUUGGCAGUCCUUUUCUUCAGAAAUGCUUUGAAGAAGCAAAGAAAAUAGUAGACGACGCAUACACGUACUCCAGAGAAGAGAGCCUCAGUCGGGUCCGCAGGGAUGCGGUGAAGCCGCAUGAUGCUCUUCGUCUCCUGAAGCAGCCUCGCGGUGACACUCGUUCAGCUGUGCGCUCUGCUGACUACAUGGCACAGACUCUCCGUUUGGUCCAAGAGAAAGUACAUCAUGUGCAUAAGCGCUCCCUCAAUGCAACAGAUUUGCUCACCGACCAAGAUAUUAGAGAACUUGCCCGGAUUACUGGAUGUGAGGCUCGACUCAGGAAUCCAUCAUGUCUCAACACACCCAAUAUCAACAAGUAUCGUACAGCCACCAGCGUCUGCAACAACUUGAAAAACCCUCGCCUUGGUGCCUCCAACACCCCCUUCACACGCUGGCUGCCCUCUGAAUACGAUGAUGGCAUCUCUCAACCAAAAGGAUGGAACAGAACCCGCAAAUUCAACAACUUCUUGCUCCCAUUGGUGCGGCAGGUGUCCAAUAACAUCUUGAACACCACAGAUGCAGGCGUUGUCAAUGACACUGAGUACUCCCACAUGGUGACCUUGUUUGGGCAGUGGAAUGACCAUGACCUCACCUUCACACCAUUUUCACCAAGUAUCCGCUCCUUUAGCAAUGGACUGAACUGCGAUGAAAGUUGUGAGCAGAGUGAGCCAUGCAUCCCUAUCCCGAUCCCUCCUGGAGAUCCCCGGAUUCCCUCCCGCCCAGACAGCUGCAUCCCAGCCUUUCGAUCUGCUCCUGCCUGUGGAACGGGUUACUCUGCAUUUAAUUUUGGAGGAGAACCCAGCAAGAGGGAGCAGAUCAAUUCACUGACGGCCUUUCUGGAUCUGGGGCAAGUAUAUGGCUCCGACGAGAAGCUCGCCCUGAACCUUCGUGACCUCACCAGUGAUGCCGGCCUGCUGCGCGUCAACACCGAAUUCAGGGACAACGGACGCGAGCUGCUGCCCUUCCACUCCCUGCAGGUGCAAAUGUGCGCCACCCGCAGAAGAGUCACCAACGACACCAACGCCAGGGAGGUGCCCUGCUUUAUUGCAGGUGAUGCCCGUGUAGACGAGAACAUCGCUCUGACAUCUAUCCACACCCUGUUUGUGCGUGAACACAACCGUUUGGCUCGUCAGCUGAAGAGGCUGAAUCCACACUGGGACAGUGAGACUCUCUACCAAGAGGCCCGCAAGAUCAUGGGUGCUUACACCCAGAUGUUUGUCUUCAGGGAUUAUCUUCCUCACAUUGUGGGUCCUGACGCAAUGCGCAGACAGCUCGGACGUUACCCUGGCUACAACCCUGAUGUUGACCCCAGCAUCUCCAAUGUGUUUGCGACGGCCGCUUACCGUUUCGCUCACCUGGCAAUCCAGCCAGUUUUGUUCCGACUGGAUGCAAACUACAGAGAGCAUCCUACUUUCCCCAGCGUCCCCCUGUUCAAGGCUUUCUUCACCCCAUGGAGAGUCAUUUUCGAAGGUGGAAUCGACCCUUCGCUGCGUGGUCUGUUAGGUCGUCCUGCUAAACUGGGCACUCAGGACAACAUGAUGGUGGAUGCUCUGAGGGAGAGAUUGUUUGAAUUCAUCCAGCACUUGGCUCUGGACCUGGGUGCUCUGAACAUGCAGAGAGGUCGUGAUCAUGGCCUGCCUGGCUACAAUGCCUGGCGCAGGUUCUGCGGUCUGUCCCAGCCUCGUAACCAGGCAGAGCUGGCUCAGGUUUUGGGGAAUCCCUCCCUGGCUCGUAAGCUGCUGGAGCUCUACGGGACCCCCGAAAACAUCGAUGUGUGGCUUGGAGGUGUCGCAGAGCCAUUUGUGCCUGGCGGCCGCGUGGGUCCUCUGUUCGCCUGCCUCAUCGCAACUCAGUUCCAGAGGAUUCGUCAAGGUGACAGGCUGUGGUUCCAGAACCCUGGGGUUUUCACGCCACAGCAGAGGCAGGCUCUGUCUGCUGUUACACUCUCCACAGUCAUCUGUGACAACACCGGCAUCACAUCUGUGCCCAGAGAUGCUUUCAGCGUCGUCUCACGUUUCAACCGUCUGGUGCAGUGCUCCUCUCUGCGCCGUCUGAAUCUGUCGCCAUGGAGGGAAAGACCCUGUGGCUUCGGGUCUCCUGCUGAUUGUUUGAAGACCAGUGACGGAGAGAACUCAACCCAGACAGAUGAACUCAACAAUCUGGAUCCCCAGGACCCACUGGAUCUCCAGGAUCCCUUUGACCCUGUGGACCCCGUCGACCCUCAGGACCUUGUGGAUCCACAAGACCCAUUGGAACUCGAGACCAAUGAGAUCCAGUAAGACCAUUCAGCUCCAGAUGCCCUCCAGGGUCACCAAUAUUCAAACAUCAGUGUCCCUUUUUGAGAUUACAGGCCAACAUAGAGAGAUUCAUUUGUUUCCGUCAUAAAGAAACAAAACAAGCCGACACAGAACUCAGACACACCUAUUUAUAUUCCUCAGCCAUUGACUCGGCGCUUCUUCCAUUGGAACUGGAAUCUGGGAUUACAAUGAAUUCCAGAUUAAGCUGGCCAUCAACAUCUUCUUCUCAGGACAUUUGUUCUACACUAUGGGACAUAAACCAGUGACUUGUGGGCUUUUACAUUUAUUUACGUCAGUCAUUCGCAGAUGACCAGAUAAAGACACACCAAACCACUGUAUCCUCGUUUUACUCUUUACUGUAAUAAUAAGGCAUUUUUGUUAGUUUUAGCUUCAUAGCAAUGGGUUUUAAUUGAACAAAUGUGUUUUGACUCUGUUACAACUGCAUGUAAAAAAAAAUCAACAUUAGAAUAAUUUUUGAUGGAAUCAACCAGUGUUAAAUUGUGAACAUGUUUUGCACUAAUUCCUUUACCUUCAAAUAUUAUGUUACGAUU